AUGGCCAAUUUAGAUUUCCAGCCGUUUCAAGAUGGAUUUUCCAUAAACUCUACCAAUGCUGAAGGUUUUUCUGGCAGGAUUGGAGAUCAAAAUCAGCUUGUAAAUGACAAUGUAUCGACAUCUGGACGGAAAUCAAAUUUCUUGUCGCUGGGUUUUUAUCAGCAGUUUUUCGAUGUGGAAACAGAUCAGGUUCUGAAAAGGAUUCUCAACAGCGUGAUUCCAACUAACAAGAAUUUCAUCCUAGAUUAUGUGCAUCCAAUGCCAGAUUUAUGGGGUCCCUUCUGGAUAUCUGUGACGCUUGUGUUCUCAGUCGGUGUGUUUGGGAAUAUCGCUCAGUACAUCGAGAACGAAGGCGCCUCAGGAAAUUAUGGAAGCGACUUUAGACUAGUCACAUCAUCAGCUACGUUAGUAUUCCUCUAUGUUGUCCUCGUGCCCAUAAUCAUCUCAGCCAUUCUUUGGCAGAGAAAAACAGAGCUGCAGUACGCGUUAUCUGAUCUUCUAUGUGCUUAUGGAUACAGUCUGUCUAUAUUUGUUCCUGUUUCGAUAUUAUGGACUUUGGACGUGAACUGGUUUAGAUGGGCCCUUAUAUUCACGGCUGUGUUUAUGAGUGGAGCGGUACUUGCUAAAGCGCUAUGGCCUGCUUUCAAAUCUGAUCCUAACAAGCUGGUAGCGUAUUCUUCGAUAUUUGGCGUUGUACUCCUUCAUUUUCUCUUGGCGCUCACAUUCAAGGUCUACUUCUUUGAUGCUGCACAUCCGACGAAGCCGGUUCAUAUCACAACGACUGGCGACAACAGCAACGCAAACAGUCAGGUUUUGAUGACUGCUAAUGUGGAGGCCUUGGUUUCCACCACUGUCAAUUCAACAAUGGCUUCCACAUCUCCCUUUCGUUCCCCUGCGAAAGAAUUGAGUACGGAGCCCAGUAAAGCGGUCACGAAUUUUGGCAAGGAGCGCACCAAAGGAGACAAUCUGAGUUCACUUAAAAAUCCCAUCGUUCAUCAAAAUACAACGCCAAGCAGUACAGUGGUGAAACCGACUACUAAAACUUAAGCUGCUACACUUGCAUACUGUAAACGUUCUGCGUUAAAGAAGAUGUUGGUUUUUGCUUUACUGCAUAGAGCAGGUUAAUAAAAAAUAUUCUAUCGCGAGACUAGCAAUAGUGUUAUGGUGCGUCAUCCUAUGUGUUCUUGAUUGAGUUCUGGUUUGCACGGUUUAUCAUGAUUACAUUUUGAGGAAGCUCAUUUGUGAUAAAUAUUUAUUGUAUGC